AUGUCUUCUUCUUUUGUGUCGAGGCCCACUUCCUUACUUAUAUACGGUAGUGUGUAUUCAGCUAAAUAUAUGGCUCUAAUACAAUUUGGAAGUACUUGCUUUGCUCAAUGGAGUAUUCGUCCUCGAUUUGCAGUGACAUCUUAUAAUCCGAGCAGAGUCGAAUCAAGUCGCCAACAAAAUUACCAUGAUUCAAAGUCAAGUAUGUUCUCACAUGGAUCCUUGCCUUUCUUGUCGAGGGCUGUAAUGUCCGGAAAUAUCAGAGGAUCUCGCUUCAUUGUUAGAGCUGAUGCAGUUUACUAUUCGGUGCUCGGAGUUUCUCAAAAUGCGACCCUAUCUGAGAUUAAAAGCGCAUAUCGGAAACUAGCUUUGAAUUACCAUCCGGAUGCGAACAAGAAUCCUGAUGCAGAAGAGAGAUUCAUAGAAAUAAGUAAUGCAUAUGAAGUCUUAUCAGAUGAGAUGAAAUCUCUUUACGGUAAGUAUGGUGAGGCUAGAAUGGGAGACAUUGGGGCAUGGUUUCCAAACGAAGAAUCCAAGUUUUGUUCUUUAAAGACUCUUGAAGCCAAAUGCACCACGUGUGGAGGACUAGGUCAAGUGGUUUCAUCAGCAAGAGCUCCUCUCGACGUGAACCAACAAGUCAUAACUUGCUCUUCAUGUAACGGCACUGGAGUGGUACUUGCUCUGGAGGAUGAAUGGAUAAGUCUCAAAAUAUCGGAUUCCGGUAGCUAG